AUGGGAUUAAUACAGCUCCUGCUCCUUACAGCUAUGGUCAUUACGACGGUCAAAUGUUCCUACUGCCACCAAGACGUCAACUGCUUUCUGCCCCAUUGCUCCUGCGGCACCUACAGCAGCCCCCUGCCCGUCAGGGACACCCCGCAGAUAAUUUUUUACGGAUUCGACGAUGCCCUGAACGGUCAGAUGGCCCAGCAUUAUCGGAAGCUGUUUUCUUCUGAUCGCAAGAACCCAAACGGUUGCCCGAUAUCGAUGUCCCUGUACGUCCAGCACGCCUAUACGGACUACCGGCUGGUGAGGGAGUUCUACAAGAAAGGGAUGGAGAUAGGAGUCCACAGUGUGACGCACACCAACAUAGACACAGAGGCGAAACUCGCAGACGAGGCAGAGCACCAGAAGAGUAAUCUAGCCCAACUAGGUAGUGUCCCAAAAGACGAAAUCGUUGGAUGGAGAAGUCCGAAUCUAAAGACCGCGGGAGACAAACAGCCCUCGACAUUGAAUAAACUUGGCUACACCUACGAUAUCUCUUUGACAUACACUGUUGGAAAACGGCAUCAGAAGAAACCGUGGCCCUAUACCCUAGAUUAUGGUUUUCCUUACAACUGUCAGAUACCGCCCUGCCCAAAGCGAACAACUAGCCACAAAGGGUUUUGGGAGGUUCCUAUCAUAGCCUUAAUGGAUUACAAGGGAGCCUACCCAUGUGCUUAUGUAGACGGAUGCUACAAUUCACCUACAACGGAAGAGGAUUCGUUCGAAUAUUUGUGGAAAAAUUUCGAAGACAACUACGAGACGCGAACACCACUGGGCUUCAACAUGCACGCGGCAUGGUUCCAAAGACCGCACAAUCUGGCAGCGAUGGACGGGUUUAUAAAUGAAAUGACGAAGAAGGAUGAUGUGUAUAUUGUGUCAGUGCAAAAGAUGCUGGAAUGGAUGAGGCAUCCAACAAAACUUUCAGAAUUGCAUAAACUGGAGGCUUGGGGUUGCAAGGCUGUUUCAAAGAUCAGAAAUCCUAACAAUGUACGAUCAGCAUCAGCUGGCAGAACAGCCUGGCCCCCAUACCCAACGCCCCGUCCCCCACGCCCAACACCCCGUCCAGUUAUCACCAACAAAACACCCAGACCGAUACACUGGUGGAGAACAAGGCGCGUACACUAUCCUUCCAGCAUUAUUUCUCCGUGGUGGCGUAAGAAACCCACCGAGAAGGGAGAUAAUUGGCGGGAAGAAACAAAGGCAUCCUCUUUGCCUAAACCGAUCGAUGAACGAAGAUGCCUCUGGAACUGGUGCAAACGCCAGACGACCGCGCCACGCUACGUUAAUAAAGUAACAACUUCGCAACAACAACAACGGCAGCAACAUCAACAGCAGCAACAACAACAGCAACAACCUCAGAAAAAGCCACGAUUUCCUACACCUAAGCCACCCCGUUACUGGAAGACAGUCAAAACAACUGAACAAACAACCAAAGCGCCGAUCUGGAGAAGACGAACAUCACGUCCAAAAAACAAUGACGCAUCCAGGGAGAAAGACGUGCCGAAGACGUCCAGGUCUGCUCCAACGACCCCAUCAAGACAUUCCAUCUUUGCCCCGCCAUCAGCUAAAUACUGUGUUCAAGAGAGGACCUGCAAGCUUCCUGCUUGCCAGUGUCGGUCGUUAUCACCACCGGGUGCAUUGCCAAGCACUCGCGUGCCGCAGAUGAUUUAUUUCACAUUUGAUGGACCAAUUAACCAGAGGUCUCACCCUUUUUAUCUGAAGAUCUUCAACAAAGAUAGAAAAAAUCCAAAUGGCUGUCCCAUCAGUGCGACUUUCUUCGUGUCCAAGAGAGGUAACUUCAUUCCGUAUUUGAUGUCGCACGUGAACAACGGACACGAAAUUGCAAUACAAGGAGACGAACCGGGCGCCUAUAGACAUUCAGCAAACGGGAAAUAUGACUUCUCUAAAGAACUGCAAUACAUGUUAACAAAACUACCGGUGACUCCCAUAUUGGGUUGGCGAAGUCCCUCCAUGAGACCUUCCGGAGACACGCAAUUCAAAAGCCUUCUUGACAAUCAGAUGCUCUACGACAGCACGCUGACGACCAGAACAGCAAGCGGUAAUCUCCCCUGGCCGUACACUCUAGACUUCCGGUGGCAGGACGCCUGCUCCGUGGGCGGAUGUCCCACCAAAAGUUACCCUGGCCUGUGGGAGAUCCCGGUGAAGCCGCUAUUGGACGUGAAGAAACUCUACCCGUGCGUGUACGCCGAUGGCUGCAUGAACAACCCCUGGACAGAGGAUGACACAUUCGAGUACCUGAUGGACAAUUUCUGGAAGUACUACGAGGGCAACAGAGGUCCCAUGGGCAUCAGCUUCAGACAGACCUGGUUCUCCCACCAAGUGUACCGACCCAACGUCAACGGGCUCAUCAGGUUCAUCGACAAGCUACUGACAAUGGACGACGUGUACAUUGUGUCCAUCAAACAGCUCGUGCAGUGGCUGCAGCAGCCCACGCCGCUGUCACGCAUGAAGUGGUUCGCGCCAUGGCGGUGCUGA